GAUCCGGUACCGGGGAGGAGGUGGAUGAGGGCGGUUGCCAUAGAAACAAGGCCCGGCUACUUCCGCUACGUCACGGGACACGUGGAUCCAAGAUGGCUGCCGCUGCGGAGGGACUCCUGGGGCUGCUCCUAAGCGUCUCCCUUCUCCAUGGGAUUGGGUGCUUCUAUGUUCCCGGUGUUGCACCCAUUAACUUCCUGCAGGAUGCUCCUGUGGACAUAAAGGCUGUAAAGUUGACCAGUUCGCGCACCCAGCUGCCCUAUGAGUAUUACUCGCUGCCCUUCUGCCAACCUACUGAGAUCGCCUACAAGUCAGAGAAUCUGGGGGAGGUUCUACGCGGGGAUCGGAUCGUUAACACCCCUUUCCGAGUUCUGAUGAACAGCGACAAGAAGUGCGAGGUUCUGUGCGGGGGUCCGAGACAGUCCCACGUUCUGACUGUGGAACAGAGCAAACUGGUGGCGGAGCGGAUCCGGGAGGACUAUUAUGUACAUCUGAUAGCGGAUAAUCUGCCCGUGGCCACCAGACUGGAUCUCUAUUUAAACCGUGAGGAGGAGGAAAAGAAGAAGGAGAAGGAUGUUCAGUUUGAACAUGGCUACCGACUCGGCUUCAUUGACAACAACAAGUUCUACCUGCACAAUCACCUCUCCUUCUAUCUAUAUUAUCACCCCGAGGAAAUAGAAGAGAAACAGGAGCCGACCUUUAGGGUUGUCAGGUUCGAGGUGAUUCCCCAGAGCAUCAGAUUGGAAGAUCUGAAAGGGACCGAUCAGGGUUUGUGCACUGUCCCCGACAGCUCCAGUUCUGCCCCCCAAGAGAUUGACCCCUCCAAGGAGAACAAGAUCAUUUUCACAUACUCUGUGCAUUGGCAGGAGAGUGAUAUUAAGUGGGCCUCGCGCUGGGACACCUACCUGACCAUGAGUGAUGUCCAGAUCCACUGGUUCUCCAUCAUUAACUCCGUGGUUGUUGUCUUCUUCCUGUCAGGUAUCCUGAGCAUGAUCAUAAUCCGGACCCUGAGGAAGGACAUUGCUAAUUACAACAAAGAGGAUGACAUAGAGGACACAAUGGAAGAGUCUGGCUGGAAACUUGUACAUGGAGAUGUGUUCCGGCCUCCUCAGUAUCCCAUGAUCCUCAGCUCUCUCCUGGGUUCCGGCAUCCAGCUUUUCUGCAUGAUCCUGAUUGUUAUAUUCGUAGCCAUGUUGGGGAUGCUGUCGCCCUCCAGCCGGGGAGCCCUGAUGACCACAGCCUGUUUCCUCUUCAUGUUUAUGGGGGUAUUUGGAGGAUUCUUCGCUGGGCGUCUUUAUAGGACCCUAAAGGGCCACCGAUGGCGCAAAGGGGCAUUUUGUACGGCCACGCUGUACCCAGGAGUGGUGUUUGCAAUCUGUUUUGUGCUGAACUGUUUUAUCUGGGGGAAACAUUCCUCUGGGGCGGUGCCCUUCCCUACCAUGGUUGCCCUGCUGUGCAUGUGGUUUGGCAUCUCGUUGCCCCUGGUCUAUCUGGGCUACUACUUUGGCUUCAGGAAGCAGCCGUACGAUAACCCUGUGCGAACCAAUCAGAUCCCAAGGCAGAUCCCAGAGCAACGUUGGUACAUGAAGAGAUUUGUUGGGAUCCUGAUGGCUGGAAUUCUUCCCUUUGGGGCCAUGUUCAUCGAGCUCUUCUUUAUCUUCAGUGCCAUUUGGGAGAAUCAGUUCUACUAUCUGUUUGGCUUUCUCUUCCUCGUAUUUAUUAUCCUUGUAGUGUCUUGUUCCCAAAUCAGCAUCGUCAUGGUCUACUUCCAGCUGUGCGCCGAGGAUUAUCGCUGGUGGUGGAGAACCUUUCUAGUGUCGGGGGGUUCUGCAUUCUACGUUCUGAUUUACGCCGUCUUCUACUUUGUGAAUAAGUUGGACAUUGUGGAGUUCAUCCCAUCGCUCCUGUAUUUCGGAUACACGACUCUCAUGGUGUUGUCCUUCUGGCUUCUCACCGGCACCAUUGGCUUCUACGCCGCCUACAUGUUUAUCCGUAAGAUCUACGCAGCAGUGAAAAUAGACUGAGCUGCGCUUUGUUGGCAGCCAAUCAGCACAAACCAGAGCCUGUCCCCUCUGCCAAGACGCCACCAACAGGGAGACGUCACCAACAAACCAUCUUCAUCAAGAAUGUCAUGUUUGGUACCACCGUGUCCAUGGAAGGGGGAGGAGUUGCCUAACUGCAUUUUAACCUAUUCCACUGGUUUUUACCUUUUAUCUGAAAUCUGUCCCAUGUCUGAUUCUACUUUUCCUUUUAAAUUAUUCCUUUGGGGUCGAGAUCAAGGGGAAGCUGCAGAGGUGAUUAGCGGUAGCGGAAGCACUUUAGGGGUUAGGUUUCCUGCGCAACAGUGACGGAAUGAUGUUUGGCGUCCCAGUGGGCAUACAGUCAGGCAUGGGGGCUGCUGGGGUAACGGCCUGACCCCCUUACAGUAUUUGCCCGUCUGUGUGCUGGAGGAACAUGUAGAGGUGGGGGCAGCACGAGUGGCCCCGUCAUGUGGCGGCAUUGGGAACAGAAAUGUCUGCAAAUGCCACUUGCUUGCCCCUUGGCUGGCACGCUGGCUCUUUAUAGUGAGGAUCCAGCCCACAGAUAUUAAGAUGUUGUCUCUCACCUCCGGGACCAGUCGGGACUGGGUCAGCACAUAAUCCAGUAUCACUUUAUUUCUCCAAACAAAUACCCUCUGACAAAAAUGGUUGAUUUUUUUUUUUUAUUAUUAUUAUUGUAUUCAUUCUUGUGCCCUUUUUUGUAAAUAAAUUAACCCCUAUGGUGUCCAUUUGUGACUUGA